GUUUCCUGUCGGAAGGAAUUGAACGUAGCGCAUGCGCUGUGCUGAUGUGGAAGUGCUUCACAGUGAUAAACAAGCAAACAAAUCAGAGGAAAACAUAAACUGCUAGCUUGUACUUCAUAUAAUGGCAGUGAGCGCUGUACAUUUAGAGUCAGACGCAUUUCUAGUAUGUAUGAAUCAUGCUCUGAGCACGGAGAAAGAGGAAGUAAUGGGGCUCUGCAUUGGCGAGGUGGACACAAACCGUAUUGUGCACAUUCAUUCUGUCAUUAUUCUGCGUCGAUCAGACAAGAGGAAAGACAGAGUUGAGAUUUCACCAGAGCAGCUGUCAGCGGCAUCCACCGAGGCUGAGAGGUUAGCUGAGAUGACAGGACGUCCCAUGAGGGUUGUGGGCUGGUACCACUCUCAUCCACACAUCACUGUGUGGCCAUCACAUGUUGAUGUUAGGACUCAAGCAAUGUAUCAGAUGAUGGAUCAGGGUUUUGUUGGACUCAUCUUCUCAUGCUUCAUAGAAGAUAAAAACACAAAGACUGGUCGAGUUCUGUACACCUGUUUCCAGUCAGUACAAGCCCAGAAAGGCUCAGAGUAUGAGCGGAUUGAGAUCCCCAUCCAUGUAGUCCCACACGAAGCCAUCGGGAAAGUAUGUCUGGAGUCUGCCGUGGAAUUGCCCAGAAUCCUCUGUCAGGAAGAACAGGACACAUACAGAAGGAUUCACAGUUUGACUCAUCUGGAUCCAGUCACAAAAAUACAUAAUGGAUCAGUGUUCACUAAAAACCUGUGCAGUCAGAUGUCAGCCAUUAGCGGCCCGCUGCUGCAGUGGCUGGAAGAUCGACUGGAACAGAAUAAACAAAGUAUCAUCAAACUCCAGAAAGAGAAAGAACAACUGACACAAGAACUGGCUUCAUUAAAAGGAGAAUAGAAAGCAUUGAAAGUUUUAACAAAACCGAUAAAAACAUUUUUUUUUUCUUAGUUUUUGCACUGAAAGCAGUUUUUUUUCUGCCCUACUGCCAUAUUUUGAUCAGGAGUCACUGGGAGGGCAAACACAAGAUGUCUGUAAGUUCACAUUUAGUGAUCUCAGCACAUUUGUAAUGCUGUGUCUCAGUGCUUCCAGCCAGAGAUUUGAAUUAUGAACUAUGAAAUUAUGUAUAUACACAUAUACAUACACACACACACACGCUGGUAUCUUUGUAGUAGUAUACUCACUGAAUAUUCUUAAAAAGGUUGCUGGUUGUUUUUUUUUUUUCUUUUCCUUUUUCUUUAUUACUGAUUUGAUUUUGAUGGUCAUCAUAAGUGUUCUGUGAAAGUGAAGUGAACAAACAAUAUUUACUGAUUUUAUUUUUUAUAAGCUGUAAAUUGAUGAAUGUACAUACAUGGCAGUUUAAAAUGACUGUAAAAUAAAAGGGUGAAUCUCAAAAUAUGA